UGCACUGAAGUCUCCUGGUUGCUUGCAAUCGCAAAAAGGAAGACAUGACUGAGUUUGACGAUUGCAGCCACAGUGCAUCCAAUAUGUAUCUACCAGGGUGCGCUUAUUACGUUUCACCUUCAGAUUUCUCGACGAAACCCUCUUUUUUGUCGCAAUCGUCUUCCUGUCAAAUGGCUUUUCCUUAUUCUUCUAAUUUACCUCAUGUCCAACCUGUGCGAGAAGUGGCAUUCAGGGAAUACGGAUUAGAGCGCAGCAAAUGGCAGUAUAGGGGCAGUUAUGCUCCUUAUUACUCAGCUGAGGAGGUUAUGCAUCGAGACUUUCUCCAGCCUGCUAACAGAAGGACGGAAAUGUUAUUCAAAACGGAUCCUGUGUGCAGCCACCAUGGCCCCUCCGCCGCUGCCUCCAACUUCUACAACACGGUGGGAAGGAACGGCAUUCUCCCGCAAGGAUUUGACCAGUUUUAUGAGACAGCCCAUGGACCUCCAUACCAACAGCAAGCAGAGAACGAGGGGGAAGCGGCCAAGAGCGACUUGAAACCUCAGAAUAGCACUUGUAGUAAAACACCUUCCAGCCAAGAGAAGAAAGUGACAACAGAAAACAGCGCCGGUUCCCCUUCUGGUGAGGCUGUUGCAGAGAAGAGCAACAGUUCAGCAGUUCCCCAGCGAUCAAGGAAAAAGCGAUGUCCGUACACCAAAUAUCAGAUAAGAGAACUGGAACGUGAGUUUUUCUUCAACGUGUACAUAAACAAAGAAAAAAGACUGCAGUUGUCCAGAAUGCUGAACCUCACUGAUCGACAAGUUAAAAUCUGGUUCCAGAAUCGAAGGAUGAAAGAAAAGAAACUGAACAGAGAUCGACUUCAAUAUUUCACUGGAAACCCCUUGUUUUGAAAGAAAAGAAAAUAUCCCUAUCUAACCUGCCAUCAGAGUACACCAGGAAAUUGGUUUACAGGACACAUUCACCCUGCGGAACGCAAAGUUUCAUUUUGUUGUUCAACUCUGGUGCCUCCAAACAAUCAAUGUCCACUGGCGAUAUCGGGGGCUUGGCGGAACGCGUCCCUCAUAAGGGGAAGCUAGGGUAAAUCCAAAAGUCCAUUCUCCAAUGUUUAUCGCCCAAGGUGUUUGUUUUUUGUUUUUUGUUUUUCUUUUCUUUUUCAUGAUGACACCAAUGAAUCGGCGGUGUGUAUGGUAGAUUUUGCUUUUAAAAAAGAGGUUUUUUUUCCUCUUGGUUUUGAUCUACGAUAAGCCUUUCCUCCCUUAAAUGAAUGCAAUUUAUUUAAAAGAUGGUAAAUGUACAUGGUGUGUGUGUGUGUGUGUGUGUGUGUGUGUGUGUGUGUGUUUCUAUUGUCAUAUAAACGCAUGGGCCACUGUCUUUUACAUGUGAAUAAAUGGUUUCUAGUAAAGUUAAGGUUAUAUCUUCUGCUCACUUAUGGAUUUCCAUCUCUGAAAGAUCAGAGUGUGUACUCGACUAGAGCCAAAUUCAAUUUAGUAACAAUGGAGGAAGUUAAAUCAAAUUAUUUUCAAUGGGAUAUAAACGUUAGUUUAAAUCUCUAACUUAUUCUAUAUAAAACCUUCACUGUUAUUCCCCUCAGUUUAAGGCAGCCCAAACAUGGCUGUCUGAAGACCACCACUUCUGCUGGUACCACAAUUACUAUGAGCUAUGAAAAACGCUUAAUAGCUGUUCGGGCGUCUAAGGUUUGAGACAAGAAUUCAAAGCUCAAAUGGAUGUUUACUAGCUGGGGAAGGAUUGUCAGAAUGGGAACCCUGAAUGUUUCAAACAACAGGCAGCUGUAAACAAUUGCAACUAGUUAAAACAAAGUUUAGCAAAAAAAAGUGAAUAUUUUCACCGUGUUUUUUUUACCGAUUCGUUCUGAGUUUCCUAUAUUUAAUCACAGGAAUGUAAUCAGUUUCCCCAACUUAGUAUAAAAUAACUGGUCUUUGUCUUUAUUUUGAAAGUAAAAGAAUUGGUGAAGGUCCCCUCUUCACUUCAUGUAGUAUGACCUGGCGAAGCUGUUUACAAAACCUUGAACUGUCUAGACAACACCAUAAAAGCGGAGGUUCUAAACAGCUUAAUUGGGUUAUAUUAUACACCUUCUGGUGGGUGAAAAAGAGAUUUCCGCAAAGUGCAAUAAAGGAAAGGAGUGAGAAAAGAAUCUGUCUUUUUUGAAUAAAAAAAUAAUAGAAAAGUGGGUCUCAUUACACUUGCGCCCAGUAAACACAAAAGUACGGAAAUAAGUCCGGAAAAGACAGAAAAACUAAAAAAUAUCUGAUUAAAUCGUAAGGAGGCAUAGCUAAAAAAAUAAAAUUUUAAACUCUUUAGCAAGAAAAACAUAAGUGUAUGCCUUUGAACUUCCAAAAUGUCAAGGUCAUCACCUUUAACCUUUCUGAAUAAUUAGGCGCCUUAAGGUUCCUCUGUUAUUUUCAACCACCACCCACUCUCUCUCUCUUUCUCUCUGUCUCCCGAUCUCCUUCUCUCACACGCACAUACAUACACUCACCACACACGCACCCACACCCCCCCACACACACUAACUACUGCAUGGCUAGCCUUAUUAGCAAAUGCAUCAUAACGCUAAGAAAAUUCCAGCUGUCAUGAAUACUUUCCAAUAACGCUAUGUUCGGACAGGUCCCUAAUGGAAUCCGUCAGUUAUGUUACAAUGUCUUCUAUUUUUCUUAAUACUUAUCUCGUGUCCAGAAAAUGCAGGAAAGGCCAUUCUUUCUAUAACCGCGCCGAGCUAACAUACUAUAUAUAGAGCAGUGGAAUGUAAAAAAUAACUAGGUAUUUCGGAGGAAAACAAUAUUUCCAGAGAAUUCAUUUUCAAAUAUAUAUUUUAAUAGGAAACAUCCUAUCAAAUGGAGAAACAUGUAGCAAUAGGAAAUUAUUAAAAUAAAUCAUUUAACAUUAUCACAAAAAUCGCACAUCUCUUCCAGGUCUUAAUCCAUAGUGCAAGAAUAAGUUAUUUGAUUUUCAGAUCCCUAUGGUGUAUUUAAUAAAUUAUCCAAGGGUACGUGGUCCUUUAAAAUGUUAAGGCACCGCAAAGAUGAUCACCAGAAACUAAAUAUACCGAUAUAAUCAUUGCCGAAUUUUGCAAAUAUAUUAUAUUUUAAUGUCUAUUUAAAAACAGAAAUUAACCCCAUUGUUGAAUACACCUAAAAGCAUCAAGGUUGAACGGAAAGCCAAAGAAGAUAAAUAAAUUCACUUGUGCUUAGCCUCUGAAUUCCACAGGAGGGCGCGCUCAUGUUCUGUAAUGCUUACAAUUGUCCUGAUGUUCAAGUCUAUUUUCCUCUUAAUAGUAAUUGUACUACUAAUAAAAAAUCUAAUAUAUAAGUAACGAUAAGAUUUCAGGGCUUUCGAAAUGAGAAAAUAAAGCAUCAAAAAGAUUUAUUAAACAAAUAACUCGUAACCGUGACAUGCUCAAGGAAUAUGCCACUUGAAAAGAAAAAUUUUGGUCGUAAUCUUUUAUAAUACAUACGAGGUUUAAAAAUCCUAUAAUUUUAAGAUAAAUAUAAUGAUAUUCAGAAUUCGUUCAGUAUUGCGAAAAUCUGUUUACUCUUUUUAGUGCAAUCUUAACACCCAAAGAACAAAAGUUAUAUCAAAAUAUGUGUCUCCUUUUCAAAGCUUAUCUGUAAAAUAUUAUUGCAAGCCUGUCCCUAAAAAAGUGCAAACACAGCUAUAACAUAAUUUUAGAGGUGUAUGUAAUUUAAACAAAAGACGGGCUUUUGAUUCUGGAUGUGCCUGUUUAGUAUAAAUGACAAAAAGGAAGAGUACAUAUUUUGAAUAUCGGAACAUCACCUUCCCAAGGGAUUGUUAAAUAAAAUCUCUCUCCUUAUAAUUCUGUAGAGAGCUAUUAAAAUGUAACUAAAAGGUUUGAAAAUUAAGUAUAACACGAUACAUGUCCUGGAAAAUUUCCAGUGAAUUUACAUAUUUCUUUUUUCCCCCAAUAAGCGCUUGUAAAUAAUAACACCAAAGAUCAGUUAGUUUUUAUCUGCUUGUUUGCAAAAUUCAUCUAAAACUAGCUAAUGCAUGAUCUACUUGUUCAACUAUAUUCUCUAUUUAACAAGCCCUAUCCCCGUGAAAGAAUUAGUUGACAGUUUGUCUGCGAGGUUUUUUAGAAGUUCAUUGUUAACAGUUUCUUGGAAAUAGCUUUGCCGUCUGUAAUAAAAUGACAUUGUCCCAUCUAAGAUCAUUGGAAUCUUUGAAGAGAAAGGUAACGCUUAUCAACAGAAUCCAGAGCAAAUCCUAUCUCCCCCAACAUGAAUUUAGUUACUUAGUUCCAGAGGAAUAAAUACAGAAAAAUCUUUUUGUUGAUAGGUUGGUUGGUUUUAAAAUUAACGUACUUCUUUUGAGAUCUUGCCUCUUCACUCCAUCUCUUGGCUUCUGUAUGUUUUAGCCCUUCACAUUUAUACUAAGGCCAUUCUUAACGAAUAUAAACUUGUGAUUGAAAUCAUAUAUGUUGUUAAUUAAAUAAUUAGAUGAAGAUUAAAAUGUGGCUUUGUUCUUUUUUGAAUCAUCAUGUAAAUGUGAUGAUUCUGUGGAUGGAUAAGGGAGAGUAUACUUUUUUAAAAACUGUCAGCGAUUUCCCAAUUUAUUUUGGUUGGUCCUAUCAGAACAACAAAUAGAGUAUUUCUGGUUAAAGAACAAAUUGUCAGGAAUUUAUAUAUAGAUAAAGGUACUUUCAAAAUAAAUAAGAUUAGGGCGCAUUCAUUGGCCUAUCUAAACGCUAAACGCUGAUAACAUCCAGAUCACACUCUGAGUUUUGUACUUACGUGUACAAAGAAAUAUGGAUGCACAAUAGGCUAAGGUUUUAACCAUGUGUGAAUAUCUUCGUAAUACAGGGAAUGCACCUAUGUGUGAUCACACAAGACACCAAUAUCACUAUUGCAGGAAAAGCUAAUGUGCAAUUACAAUUGUUUUAUCAACAAUAAUACUCUUGAAAUACAUAAUGGCAUCGGUAUAUUUUUUAAAAGUUCCGACAAUCCCAGCAAGAAAAACGUGACUCACAAAGAGCAGGCUAGUGUUACAAUUACAUUAUUAAAAAAGAAAGGUCACGCUAUUGUAGCCAAUUUUUUUUUUUUUUUUGCUAAAUAAAAAUAUUCUUCAAUCGCAAAGCAAUGUAAUGGCGUGAUAUACAGUAUAUAGUUUGCAUUUUUAGUGUCUCCCUACAUUAAUUGCUCAAAUCGAAAGCAAUAUUACUAAAGACUUCCUGGGUUUCCGGCUAUUUUAAAGUUAGCUAUUUCUCUCAAUAUCUUUUGCACUGAUUAAUACAUCUGCAAAAUAUCUCUCCUUUUUCGUAACCGUUCUCCCAUCCUACGCUAAUAAUCCGAUACCAACAUAGGAAAUUGCAAGUAAGAAUCGUUAGAACAGUUGGGGAAAAAAUCAGAUAACCUGUAAUAACAUUGGGUAGGGGAAUGAAAAUUAAACUUCACAGCAACGUCUUUUAACCUCGAAUUUCUAUUACUAAUAUUUAUUAAGACUGAAAAGCAUAAAGCCAACCUAUAUUUUAUUACAAAUAGUAAUCUAGUAUAUAUGGGCCCUUUUGAGGGACCCCCCUUGAAAAUAUCUCAUUUAUUGCACACUAUUGAUUUAUUUAUUAAUGUUAAUUACUUUAUUCCAUCUUAAUAUGAUUUUAAAAUAGUGACAUUAAAUACCCAGAGUGUAAGUAACCAUUUCCCUAAAGACUACUGCACGUUUAUUCAACUUCUAUGGCAAACAAACUCCAACUUUCCUAACGUUCAUUUGUCCAAAUAACAGCUAGGCUACUUCAUGUACGAUUUUAAAAAGCCAUGAUUUAUUAUGAUCAAAUUGAGCUAUUCGACAUUCCUAAACUCAGUAUUAAAUAAUAAUAAUUUGAACUACAUAUUCUGACAUGUUAUAAUCAUAUUUUCACUUAAAUCAAGGAAACAUAAUGUAUAAUCAGCAGCAGCAGAGUCAGCUCAUUAAAUAAAACAGACGCAGGAACGCAGAGCAUUUAAGGAUUAGGUUAUAGUUUUAACUUUACCAUUGGUCGAAAUACACAGCAAACCUCUGGGAUAAUACUUCAGUAGGAAUAUUUCUGGGACACUCUUUUCUUAAAGAGUAAAUACAGAUUCCGAAAGGCCAUUUGAUGGGCAUAAAAUUCCUGAUUAGAUUUAACAGUCAAGUCUUAAACUGUGUCAAGGAAAAUAGUAUUUUGUUUCUUUAAACUCGGUGGGUUGUCAGGGCUGUUGUUCCAAAAGAGGAAAUUGUUAGAAAGCAGGGGGGAAAUCCCAGUCCGCAAACAGUGAGCAUCGUGAACCCUACUGCAGUUUGUUCCUGAGCUCAGGCAAAUCUUAGCAAUGGCUCUGAUAAUGAUCUUAAAUAUACACAUAAUCCCAUUUUUUGUGCUAAAUGCUCGGUGGCGAUUAAACACACAUGAAAAAGGCAGGGACGCAUACAAAGACUUAGGGAGUGCAGAAAAAUCUUAAAAGCAGCUCAUAUUAUGAAGGUAAUAUUUAAACUCUCUGGCAACACUGAAGCUUUAGACUGAAGCUGUAAAAGACACUGGCUCUUAACCUGACAAUGAUGUUGUAUUUGAACAGCUGCGAUAAGGUUUUAAGGGGUCUGUCUCAUUGCCACAGCGAGAUUUUAAAUAGGGUUAUUGUUUCCAACAAUGUAAAGUGUACGGAAAAGUGAAAAACAUUCAAAUACCAGGAACUCGUAUAAAAUUCAAAUUCACUUUGCUGGAAUAUGCCAUUUCAAAGUAUGCUUUUGUGCAAAAGACAGAGUUUAAACUCCCUUUUAUGUGUUGUUUGUUCUUAGAUAUCUGGACUUUUUAAAAACAGUGUUUUGAUUAUGUAAAGGCCCCAAAUAAAUAGCUAGCUGAACCUGAAACGGAAUUUAUCCACAAGUUCACGUUGUCUGUAUGAAAUUCCUUGACAGCACUAUUCUUAAACGAGAACUGUUUGAGUUUGUAACUAGGCAAACAUAUAAUGAAUUGUUGCGCGAUCAAAUCUGAUCUCUCGCAAUUUUAAAAGUAAUAGCUCUGGAUGUAAAUAUAGUUACAAAGUGAGGAGGGAAACAACAAAACACAUUUAAAAUGUUGGAAAAUAAAAGUCUAAUUUGCCAUGUAGGCAGUUAUUGUUGCUUUCUGUGAUUUUUUUAAAUAUUCAUGCGGCAUUUAUUCUUCUGGGAAAAAAGAAGUGGCUUGAACAGCUGUAAUAAACCUGAGUUUCUGUAUGUUUUUAAAUGAGCAAUGCUACAGAAGAAGAAAUGAUCUUUAUGGUGCUUUCAGUAUCUAGGGCAAGUAAUUUUUUAUUUUAUUUUUAUCUUGUUUUAUUUUGCAUAUGCAGAGAGAGCGAGAGCAUUGUAAAACAAUUUUAAGAGUCUAG